CGGAACUCAGAAGUCAUAACCGGGAGAUUUACAGUUUCAGAGUUUCGACGGCGGGCCUGCCGGAGAAGGAGGUUUGUUUUUUCUCCUAUUGUUUACUCAUCUCUUACCGCGCUCUGGAACUAGAAAUACUUUAGUUGGUAUGAUUUUUUUUAUCUAGGGUUUCACUUUUAAUUAGCUUGAUUGUAUCUGUUGAGGGUUGGCUGCUUCUUGAGUACUUUCCUUCUGGGGGUUUUCCCACAUGGUUGGUGUUUGGGAGGGGGAUUUUCAUGGAGAUAAGUAAUUGCGAUGCAGGUAAAACGAAACAAUGACGAGUGAGGAGGAUUCCAUCGAACAAGCUGCGGUGGCGCGGCGUGAGAGGCUAAUGAAUCUUAAAGCUGCUAAGGAGCUUAUGAGCACCCCGGAUGAGGGUUCAGAACAAGUCGAGGAUAAGACGGAUCAGGAGGACGAAACAGCUAAUGGCGAGUGAGUAUAGCUUGGAUAUAUAUGCGAUUUAAAUUAGUUGACUACUAGUGCAUGAGAAUAAUAUGCGCUUCCAUUCGAGAUUUGUUGUUGCUAUCGUUGUGAAUCAAUCUGUAAAAUUGUAGGUUAAGUGAGUAUGGCUUGAAGUAGGUGAUUGGAUAGGACUGCAUCUGGAUAAUAAGUGUUAGAACGGAGUAGGUAGUUUUGAAAGUAACUGAAAAUCACAGUAAGGAACUGUAGAAAUAACUUAAGAACGGCUCUCAUUGUCGGGGCUAAUGGCUUGAAGUAGAUGAUUGGACAGGACUGCAUCUUGAUUAUAAGUGUUCAAACAGGGUAGGUUAGUUUUGAAAGUAACUGAAAAGCACAGUAGGGAACUCUAGAAAGACCUUAAGAACGACUCUCAUUGCCUGGGGUUUGUGCCUCCAUGUGAUUAGAACAGUUGAUCCCCAAGAGCUCACAUCGACGGGAAGGUUUGGCACUGCACCUCUAGCUUUCUGUGCAGCUGCUUCCUUUGUUGGGUUUAGACUGAACAAUGCUAAUUGUGGUUUUAGUUUCUUUGAUAGCUUCCAAGCAUGAAUUGUGAUUAAACUGGGUAUGUUUGUCCAGUUUCUUGUACGGUGAAAAUUUAGAAAUAUAUCUGCUAGUAGAUGGCAGGCACAUCUACAUGUAUGAGUUAAUGGUUUAGUUUGACCUUCCACUGAUAAGUUCCCAUGUCAAUUUUCAAGAGCUCAUAAGAAAGUUAAACGGCUAGGAUGUUUUCUGUGGGAUUCAUUCAGUGAUAUAUUCAACCUGUAUUUAGCACCUUAUUUUCUUCCUGGCAAUUCCAGUAAUGCAGGAUUGAAGUUUCGCAACUAUGUACCUCAAGCCAAGGAGCUUCAGGAGGGAAGGCUUGCUCCACCAGUGCUACCAAAGUUUGAAGAUCCGAUUGCAGCAGCCCCUCCAUCACCGGAGAAGAAAGAGGAUCCAUUCCUCAACAUUGCUCCAAAGAAACCAAACUGGGACCUGCGUCGGGAUGUUCAGAAGAAGCUUGAGAAGCUUGACCGACGGACACAGAAAGCACUGUACAAACUUAUGGAGGAACAAGAGAAGGAGAGGCAGGCAGCUGAAAUGAUCGAAGAUUAGAACGUCAUCUUCACCAUUGGAUAAUCCAUCGUAGCUGUGAUAUGAGAUGCCAAAAACUAGAAUGCUGAUUUCCUUGUAGAAUUACACAAUGUAUAAUUGACAAAACAAUGCAUGGAAAGGAAACGAACUCUUAUUGCUGUGAUUUCAGUUUUACACGCAGGGGAAUUUUUAGUGGCUGGGAAGGAUAGUUCCAUUGAAUUUGCAUUAGAAUU